AUGGCUAUACUAUCUGAAUACGAAGAAGAAGAUCAAAAGCAGCCGACGACUUCGUCAGUGAAAAAGGUGCAGUUUGACGGCGUGCUUGAUCCGUCGGACCCGAUUGGAUUUUUGGAGAGGGUUUUUGAGUUCGUGGCAAGGGAGAGUGAUUUGUUCAAGAGCGAUUCAUUGGUGAAUGAUGUGAAUGCUGUGGUUGGGAUGGUGAAGGACAAAAUGGAGGCAGAGGAGAAGAAGAGAACGAAGGAAUUGAUGGAGGCCGAGGAGAAGAAGAGGACGAAGGAAUUGAAGGCUAAAGAGAAUGGAAAGGCCGAAAAGAGAGCAAAGGAGGAGGAGCCAGUUGCUGCCGCGGCGGAAACGGAAGUAGUGAAGGAAACGGUGGUAGAGAAGGAGGUGAAUGGAGAAGGUGAGACCAAAGAAGAGGAGAAGAAAGGGCCUCGAGCUCCUAACAGAGGAAAUGGUUUGGAUAUGGAUAAUUAUUCCUGGGGUCAAUCAUUGCAAGAGGUUAACAUCACUGUUCCUGUUCCUGCUGGAACAAAGUCAAGGUUCAUCACAUGUGAAAUAAAAAAGAAUUAUCUAAAAGUUGGGCUUAAAGGCCAACCUCUUGUCAUCGAUGGGGAGCUUUUUCAGCCUGUCAAGGUCGAUGACUGCUUUUGGAGCUUAGAGGAUCAGAAAUCCAUCUCUAUACUCCUAACAAAGCAGAACCAGAUGGAAUGGUGGAAAUAUUUGGUGAAGGGUGAGCCCGAGAUUGAUACCCAGAAAGUUGAACCUGAAAACAGCAAACUGUCAGAUCUGGAUCCUGAAACCCGUACAACUGUCGAAAAAAUGAUGUUUGACCAACGACAGAAAUCCAUGGGCCUUCCUACAAGUGAUGAGAUGCAGAAACAAGAGAUUAUGAAGAAGUUUAUGGCUGAGCACCCUGAAAUGGACUUCUCGAGGGCAAAGAUUAAUUAA